AGCCGUGAACUGCGCGUGCGCAGAAAACAGGCACCAGUCCACUGCCAGCUCAGCUGACAGCAGCAGCGGCGGCGGCAGUACUCUGGCAGCCUAUAACCAUGGCAGACUCUGUAAGUAGAGAAGAAGUAGCAGUGAUUAGUAAUACCGACAUCACUUCCACGGAAUCUGAGAACAACAUCAUAAAUACGAUGGUGGAAAGAGGGACGGCUCUGUUGAGGAAACUGGAGAUAAAUGUGGCAGAGGCAGAGAAGAGAACAGGGAAGAACACUGUUAACAUGCAGGAAACAUACACUGUGUACCUGAUUGAAAUACGGCCUGCUGAAACAGAGGGAGGGACACCAGCGGCACCUGACACUUUGUGGAGACGCUACAGUGAGUUUGAGCUUCUCCGAACUUACCUGCUGGUCACCUAUCCCUACAUUAUCAUCCCCCCGCUACCAGAGAAAAGGGCCGAGUUUGUGUGGCACAAGCUUUCAGCAGACAACUUAGAUCCAGACUUUGUUGAGCGGCGGCGAGUUGGCCUGGAAAAUUUCCUGUUGCGUGUUGCAUCACAUCCGGUCCUCUCCAAUGACAAAAUUUUCUUCCUCUUUCUUACAGAGGAAAAGGGAUGGAGAGAUGCGGUUUUGGAAACGGGCUUCCAAGACAAGGCUGAUUCCAGACUCAAGUCUCUGAGUGCCAUGUUCAGAGUCAAGAAUCCUGACAAGCGGUUUACAGCACUGAAACAGUACAGUGAUGAACUGAACAGCGUCAUCUCUCAGUUACUCAGAAUUCGAGCGCGAGUAGCAGACAGGCUAUAUGGAGUUUACAAAGUCCAUGGUAACUAUGGCAGAGUUUUCAGUGAGUGGAGCGCAAUAGAGAAAGAGAUGGGAGAUGGACUGCAGAGUGCUGGACACCACAUGGACACUUAUGCUGCAUCAAUUGACGACAUUCUGGAGGAGGAAGAGCACUUUGCAGACCAGCUCAAAGAAUACCUCUUCUACACUGACGCCGUCAGGUCAGUGUGCAGAAAACAUGAGCUGAUUCAGUAUGAAUUGGAGAUGGCAGCUCAGGACCUUGCCCAAAAGAAACAACAGAAAGAAGAGCUGGCAACCGGGACGGUGCGAAUCUUUUCUUUGAAGGGAAUGACCAGUAAAUUAUUUGGCCAAGAGAGCCCGGAGCAAAAAGAGAGCAGGUUAGCAGCCCUGGAGCAGAGUAUUCAGGAAGGAGAGGAAACGGUCAAGGAGAAGAACACCGAGUGCCAGGAGUUUGUGCGAGCAGCAUGGGAUGACAUCGAACAUUUUAAAGAGCAGAGAGACAAAGAUUUGCGUGAGGCGCUGAUAAGCUACGCCAUUAUGCAGAUCAGUAUGUGUAAGAAGGGAAUCCAGGUGUGGUCCAAUGCCAAGGAGUGUUUCAGCAAAAUGUGAGCCGAACUUUCCAAAGCGAUCGUACUUUGCACCAAAACUAUACUCUGAUUGUACAGACUAGGACCAACAGCCAGUGAUUAUACUGUAGUCCUGUGGAGAAAAGAUGGGAACCCAAAUGCUGCCUUUAAUUUGUUUUGCUAUACUCAGUUGAAGCACACACACAUUAAAAAAGUGAAAGUGGAACAAUGCCUCUUUAACGUCAAGUGUCUUAAUAGAACCUUUUCCUUGAUUUUCUGACCUUCGUACUUCAGACAGUCCAAAUUUACACACUCAUCCUUAGUUGCGCUUUCAUUAACAUGUCCAAGAAGAAAAUGUGGCAUUAUCAUUGCACAAUGGAUCCAUGGGAUUAUCCAUGCAGUAUAUUUCAGUUGUUAGCUCUCUCAAUCAGUCACAAUGAAUAACACAGAGCAAUAUACUAGUUUGAGUUGACACAGGCUGCACUUUGCAAACAGUGGUUCAUGUGACUCGUUUUAGAGUUGCCUGCCUUGAUGGAAGGAUCUUUACGUGUUACCUUUCAACCCUCUCCAGAAUCUCCUUACAUAAAGGUUUUCAUACUAUUUGAUUUUAGGUGAUUAAUGGCAAUAGUGAUGAGUUAAAGAAUGGGGAACUUGUUUCUGACAGAACUUCUAAUGUUAUGCUUACGUUUGUGUUUAAAUUUCACAUUUGCAACAGCAAGUCGAACCAAACAAAAGCAGAAGAGUGCACUGGUGAAUGUUCAAUUUGAAAUAAACUGCAAGAAAUAUGACUGUAAACAUGGACCGAGCUUUAGAAAGCCACUACACUUUUUACCUUUCCAUUUUUCUUUUUCUUUAUUUUUUUAAAAGUCAUUUUAUGUUCGUCACACAGAAGUAAUCUUUGUUAUUGUUAAUCUGUUGCUGACCAAAGUAUUGAUGACCAAGUGCUUUUAUACUACAAAUUUAUAGUAGAAAAUACAGAAGAAGGGUUGAAAAACUUCGGUUAUGUGAUUUUUGUUUUGUUUUUUGGCUGAGGAAAGAAAUCACUCUCACAAUUUGAGUUUCAUAGUUUAAUUGUUUACACAAAAUUUAACCGUAAAUGCGAAAAAUCAGAUCCUUUAUUUGCUGUCAAGCAUUGUAGCUUUAAUGCAACAGAAAAAAAACCCAUAUAGAACUCAGCCCACUGUCAAUGUGCCUCACCACUUAUUCUGAUAUGACCUGAGUGCAGCUACACACAGAUACAGACUGUUUUUUGGUUGAGAUCCUCACAUUAGGCUUACAUAAACAUACACGCAUACUUGUGCUUCUUCGAUGACAUCAAUCUGAAGGGGAGAAAAAUUGGUGCAUAAUGGAUCUGACGUCUGAAUGUUGUGCUGAGAUCAGCAAAAAAUUUUCCCCAGAAUAAACAAUUGUUUUACUGAAAGAAUCUCAAAUUGAAGCUUUAUGUAUGUUUGUUUUGUUUUUUUUCUAAAUGACAAAUGUGUCAGAUGUAAUCAUUGUGUUAUGACACUAAUAAACAUUUCCCUUUUUUGAA